UCUACCACUCCAUCAACAUCAACUGCACCAACAUCUACCACUCCAUCAACAACAACUGCAGGAACAUCAUCCACUCAAUCAACAACAACUGCACCAGCCACAACAUCAUUGGCAUCAACAACUACCACACAAUCAACAUCAACAGCAAAAACAUCUACCAAUCCAUUAACAUCAACAGCAACAACAUCUACCACUCCAUCAACAACAACUGCACCAACAUCAUCCACUCCAUUAACAACAACUGCACCAACAUCUACCACUCCAUCAACAACGACUGAACCAACCACAACAUCACUGGCAUCAACACCUACCACUCCAUCAACAACUGCACUAUCAUCUACCACUCCAUCAACAACAACUGUACCAACAAAAACCACUCCAUCAACAACAACUGCAACAGCCAUUACAUCGACAGCACCAACAUCUACCACUCCCUCAACAACAACUGCAGCAACAUCAACAACUCCAUCAACAACUAUAACACCAGUCACAACAUCAUUGGCAUCAACAUUUACCACUCCAUCAACAUCAACAUCUACCACUUCAUCAACAACAACUGCACCAACAUCAACCACUCCAUCAACAACAACUGUACCAACAUCAACCACUCCAUCAACAACAAAUGCACCAACAUCUACCACUCCAUCAACAACAACUGCACCAACAUCUACCACUCCAUCAGCAACAACUGCACCAACAACAACUACUCCAUCAACAAAAACUGCACCAGCCAUUGGGUCAUCAACAACAACUGCACCAACAUCUACCACUCCAUCAACAACAACUGCACCAACAACAACCAAUCCAUCAACAACAACUGCACCAGCCAUUACAUCAACAGCACCAACAUCAACCACUCCAUCAACAACAACUGCACCAACAUCUACCACUCCAUCAACAACAACUGCACCAGCCACAACAUCACUGGCAUCAACACCUACCACUCCAUCAACAACUGUAGCAACAUCAACAACUCCAUCAACAACAACUGCACCAGCCAUAACAUCAACGGGACCAACAUCAACCACUCUAUCAACAACAACUGCAAAAACAUCUACAACUCCAUCAACAACUAUAACACCAGUCACAACAUCAAUGGCAUCAACAUCAACUGCACCAACAUCUACUACUCCAUCAACAACAACUGCACCAACAACAACCACUCCAUCAACAACAACUGCACCAACAACAACCACUCCAUCAACAAUAACUCCACCAGUCAUUACAUCAACAGCACCAAUAUCAACCAUUCCAUCAACAACUCCAUCAACAACAACUGCACCAGCCAUAACAUCAACGGCACCAACAUCAACCACUCUAUCAACAACAACUGCAAAAACAUCUACAACUCCAUCAACAACUAUAACACCAGUCACAACAUCAACCACUCCAUCAACAACAACUGCACCAACAUCUACCACUCCAUCAACAACAACUGCACCAACAACAACCACUCCAUCAACAACAACUGCACCAACAACAACCACUCCAUCAACAACAACUGCACCACACCAUCAACAACUCAUCAACAACUCAACAGCACCAUCAACAACUCAUCAACAACUCCAUCAACAACAACUUCACCACAUCAACGGCAUCAACAUCUGCCACUCCAUCAACAACAACUGUACCAACAUCAACUCUUUUGUCAACAACAGUUGCACCAGCCACAACAUCAAUGGCAUCAACAUCUACCACUCCACCAAUAACAACUGUCCCAACAUUAACAACUUUGUCAACAACGGCUGCACCAACAUCAGCCACUCUGUCAACAAUAGCUGCAAAUGCCACAACAUCAACUUCACCAAGAUUUACCAGUCAACCAUCAACUGCACCAACAUUUACCACUCUACCAGCAACUGCUGCACCAAACUCAACGUCAACUGCACCAACAUCUACCAUUCCAUCAACAAUAACUGCACCAACAUUUACCACUCCAUCACCAACUACUGCACCAACAUUUGUCACCCUACCAACAACUGUGCACAAACAACAACCACUCCAUCAACAACAACUGCAUCAGCCAUUACAUCAACAGCACCAACAUCUAUCACUCCAUCAACAUCAACAGCAACAACAUCUACUACUCCAUCAACAACAACUGCACCAACAUCAACCACGCUAUCAACAACAACUGCACCAACAUCUACCACUCCAUCAACAACUACUGCACAAACCACAAUAUCAUCUGUACCAACAUCUACCUCUCCGUCAACAACAACUGCACCAACAUCAACCACUCUGUCAACAACAACUGCACCAGACACAACAUCAACUGCACCAAAAUUUACCAUUCUACUAUCAACUGCACCAACAUCUACCACUUUGUCAACAAAAACUGCACCAACAUCUACCUUUUUAUCAACAACAACUGCACCAACAUCAACCACUCUGUCAACAACAGCCACUCCAUCAACAAAAACUGCACCAGCCAUAACAUCAACGGCACCAACAUCUACCACUCCAUCAACAACAACUGCACCAACAUCAACCACUCCGACAUCACUGGCAUCAACAUCUACUACUCCAUCAACAACAACUGCACCAACAUCAACCACUCUAUCAACAACAACUGCACCAACAUCUACCACUCCAUCAACAAGUAUAACACCUGUCACAAGAUCAACGGCAUCAACAUUUAUUACUCCAUCAACAACAACUGCACCAGCCAUUACAUCGACAGCACCAAUAUCUACCACUCCAUCAGCAACAACUGCACCAACAUCUACCACUCCAUCAGCAACAACUGCACCAACAACAACCACUCCAUCAACAAAAACUGCACCAGCCAUUGGGUCAUCAACAACAACUGCACCAACAUCUACCAGUCCAUCAACAACAACUGUACCAACAACAACCAAUCCAUCAACAACAAUUGCACCAGCCAUUACAUCAACCGCACCAACAUCAACCACUCCAUCAACAACAACUGCACCAACAUCUACCACUCCAUCAACAACAACUGCACCAGCCACAACAUCGCUGGCAUCAACACCUACCACUCCAUCAACAACUGUAGCAACAUCAACAACUCCAUCAACAACAACUGCACCAGCCAUAACAUCAACGGCACCAACAUCAACCACUCUAUCAACAACAACUGCAAAAACAUCUACAACUCCAUCAACAACUAUAACACCAGUCACAACAUCAACGGCAUCAACAUCAACUGCACCAACAUCUACCACUCCAUCAACAACAACUGCACCAACAACAACCACUCCAUCAACAACAACUGCACCAACAACAACCACGCCAUCAACAACAACUGCACCAACAACUGCACCAGCCACAACAUCACUGGCAUCAACACCUACCACUCCAUCAACAACUGUAGCAACAUCAACAACUCCAUCAACAACAACUGUACCAGCCAUAACAUCAACGGCACCAACAUCAACCACUCUAUCAACAACAACUGCAAAAACAUCUACAACUCCAUCAACAACUAUAACACCAGUCACAACAUCAACGGCAUCAACAUCAACUGCACCAACAUCUACCACUCCAACAACAACAACUGCACCAACAACAACCACUCCAACUACCACAACAUCAACAUCAACAGCAACAACAUCUACCACUCCAUCAACAACAACUGCACCAACAUCAUCCACUCCAUUACCAACAACUGCACCAACAUCUACCACUCCAUCAACAACAACUGAACCAGCCACAACAUCAACGGCAUCAACACCUACCACUCCAUCAACAACUGCACUAUCAUCUACCACUCCAUCAACAACAACUACACCAGCCAUUACAUCGACAGCACCAACAUCUACCACUCCCUCAACAACAACUGCAGCAACAUCAACAACUAUAACACCAGUCACAACAUUAUUGGCAUCAACAUUUACCACUCCAUCAACAACAACUGCACCAACAUCAACCACUCCAUCAACAACAACUGUACCAACAUCAACCACUCCAUCAACAACAAAUGCACCAACAUCUACCACUCCAUCAACAACAACUGCACCAACAUCUACCACUCCAUCAGCAACAACUGCACCAACAACAACUACUCCAUCAACAAAAACUGCACCAGCCAUUGGCAACAACAUCUACCACUCCAUCAACAACAACUGCACCAACAUCAUCCACUCCAUUAACAACAACUGCACCAACAUCUACCACUCCAUCAACAACAACUGA